GACAACACGUGUAAUGAGACGGCCUUUAAACCCUUACUCGUGAAACAAGUCCUCAUCCUCUCUCGGUCGUUCGUCGGUGGUAUCACUUUCGUUCAUCGUUUUGCCGAAGCACAAGAGAUUGAAUGAACAUGGAAGGCGCAAAUAGAACUCUACUGGUCGCGAGAAAGAAACCCAAGAGAAAAAUAAGCAAAAGACUUGUCAGGAGUAUCGCCACCUACCUCAAGUCCGAUGCAUACUUGUAUGCUCCUCCGUUUUCCGAUUUGUCACCCCUCCCGCCGAAGAUACAUACGCUUCCACCGUGUCACUCCGAGUCUUCCAAGGCUGAAGACUUACCUUGUGCAGAUAGCAGGAAUCCCAGGUCAGACAUUGCAGAGCAUACAUUGCAUAACGGAAGGAUCAGCUCUUCUAAACGAUCACUUGUCAUCUUAGACGGACAACGAACUGAAGUAAGCCGUUAAACUGGUCUUUCACCACCCUUUUCCUCUCUUACAG